AUGGUACAUCUUGUUGAUGUACCGGAGUCAAUCACAGCCCAGGGCUGUGCGCGUGUCUUCAUCGAUACUAUCUUCCGACUUCAUGGGUUGCCCCGUGAACUCGUGUCACAUCGAGACCCCCGCUUCACAUCGGAGUUCUGGCAAUCUGUGUUCCGUUUACUUGGAACACGUUUGACGAUGUCAACUUCUGACCAUUUCGAAACAGAUGGUCAGACGGAACGCGUCAACCGCGCUCUCGAAGAGAUACUUCGAGGGUAUGUCCACUCGUUCACGAUUCGGAGUGAGUUCUUGCCGAUGGCGGUAUUCGCCAUCAACAAUUUGGUGCAUGCGUCUGCAGCUCAUACACCGUUCUUCGUGAAUGGCCCUACGACAUCCACGUUUACCCGCCUUCUUGGAGUGUGA